CCCAGCUCUCCGUAGCGUAGUCCAGCGCAACCCGUAGACGUGACAGUCAUGGCUCUUUUCAAGCGCAAGAACCAGCGCAAUGACUCAGAAGACAGCGAGCAGUCAGAGCGCAAGAAGGAGAAAGGCGGGUGGAGGAAACCAGCCAACACCGCUUUCAAGCAGCAGCGUCUCAAGGCAUGGCAGCCCAUCCUCACUCCCAAGACAGUCCUCCCCACUCUCUUCAUAUGCGGUAUCAUAUUUGCACCUAUAGGAGCUCUUCUCAUAUGGGGCAGCAGCCUGGUCUCUGAAAUGACUUUUGAUUAUACCAAUUGUCAAAACCUUCCAAACUCUACUGCUGGCGCCAUUACCUGGACCAACAUGUCCUCCUCCGAGUUCUCUUACAACCUGAAAUCCGCUGACAAUGGCAAGGUUAUCACAACUCCCCAGUAUGCGCACGUCGACAACUCAGCUGCAAACAACGUAUCCACAGCAAACCAAUGCUACAUCAACUUCCAAAUCGUUUCUGAUCUCGAAGCUCCCGUAUUCCAGUACUAUAAGCUCACCAAUUUCUACCAGAACAACCGACGCUACGUACAAAGCCUCGACACUAGUCAGCUCAGCGGCAAAUACGUCAGCAACUCUGAUCUUGGCAGUGGGAAUUGCAAGCCAUUAGCACUCACUCCUGAUGGGACUCAAGCAUAUUAUCCCUGUGGUCUUAUAGCCAACUCGGUGUUCAAUGAUUCUUUCAGUGGCUUGAUCUCGGAGUCAGGUGGCAGCAACUACACUUUCUCUCAAACAGGCAUAGCUUGGCCGGGAGAAGCGAAAAAGUACUCCGCGUUGCCUGGGAAUAACUUGAGUGAACUUGUGCCUCCUCCGAACUGGGUAAAUCGCGUUGGCGAGACCUGGAACGAUUCAAACAUAUGGAACCUCCAAACGGAUGAACAUUUCCAGAACUGGAUGCGGACAGCUGGCCUCCCUACCUUUACAAAGCUAUAUGGGCGUAAUGAUGGUGACACCCUUCCAGCCGGAAACUAUACCGUUAUUGUCGACAUGAAUUUCCCCGUUCAAGGAUACAAAGGCACAAAAUCCUUGGUGAUAUCGACCGUGUCAUGGAUAGGUGGCAAGAACUCGUUUUUGGGCUGGGCAUAUGUCGCUGCCGCCAGUGUUUUCAUCCUCCUUGCCUUGAUAGGCACCGUACGACAUCUUGUUAAGCCAAGACGCUUGGGAGACAUGUCGCUGCUUUCGUGGAACCGCUAGAUAGUACGUUAGCCCUCAAGCGCACAUGUUUACUUACAUAUGUAUUGGGAUCUAUCAGUCUCGUCUUUGUAAUUCACUAUCGGACAAUCUCCUAUAAUUGUAAUUUAUUGAAUUAAGGCCGGG